UAGGCCUUUGAAUAAAAUUCCUUGUGAGGAAGAUGUUUUAUUGGCACAUCCUUGCUUUCAACAUCAAUAAGACAUGUGUUAGUCAUAGUAUUGGUCUGUUAUUUCAUGCACAGUAAUUGGGUCAUAUUAGAUUUCAUUAAGAGGGACAUUUAUACAAAGGUGGGGCAUUUGUUCAGCUGUAUAGAUGGUGGCUAUUAUAAGAAAAUAAACACAAGUUGAAGGAAAGGAACAGAGUUUCAAAGUAUUAAGUAAGUGAAGUAACAUGAUUUUCAGAUGGUGGGGACUGAUGGACAUUGGUUGUCUCUCAUCCUCCUCGUAGUUCAUUUGUGUGUGCUUUGACUCAAUAAACAUUGGUGACUGAAUGACUUGCCAAAGACAAGACAUGGUUCCCAUCCCAAGUAGGUCACAUAUUGAAGGGGAGGUAGAGGCUUAUAAAGCUGGAAGCCAUGCUAUUUAUACAAUUAACAUAGUCAUAAGUCACAGGAGUGCCAUUGUUUGUCACCGGGGAGGGACGGCAUGGUGGCUCAGUUCUGGAUGCAGAGUAGUGCGUCUGUUUCAGGAAUACGAUACAGGGUUUGUUUAAGGUUUCUGGGAAAUGUGAAAAUCAUUUCUUUUGUCCAUUUCUUGUGUUCCUGUGCUCCAGUUUCCAGAAUUGUGAAAUAUUUUGUCAAAAGACAUGCUCACAAUUUUUCUUUGCUUGCAUGAGCCCGUGCCAGAGAUGAAAGGACUAGCAGUGAAAUGACGUUACCGCUACAAACCUUCUAUUCAACUAUCAGAAUUUUAACUUUCCCACGAAGCUGUGAAAAAUCAGUAUGAAGGUAUCUCUAUCUCAGCAUUAUAUUCACGAAACAAACAAAAUUAAAACUUAAAAAUUAAAAUAGCCACUGUAGAGAAAUAUGAACACAUAAAACUGGGAAGCAAUCUGUUUCAAUCUGUUCAUGGCCACAUGGUGGCGCUGCAGGCUAAAGAGACACGAGGAAAAUUAACUGAGGCUGCACCAGAAGUCACCAACCAAAGAAGGAUAACACUGACCACCGGGAGAAAAGCCAAGGCGCUUCAAGACCGAGAAGGGGAAAAAAACCUAGACAUUUCCAGUUAAGUGGAACAUCUGAGGUUUAUGACUGCUGGGAGCGGUGGCUGACCUGAAGUGAAGAAAGAAGAAACAAUGGCAGCCAGAACAUCAGGCUUCCCCAGACAAAGGCGAGUGCUAUUUCUCUUUCUGAUCGGGGGUCUAUGUUUGGCAGGCUCUGAGUUUGGACCUUACUCAGUAACCGAGGAAACAGAAAGGGGAUCAUUUGUGGCGAAUCUGGCAAAGGACCUGGAGCUAGCGGUGGAAACCCUGGCUGCAAAGAGAACUAGGGUGGUUUCUGACGGCAACAAGCAGCAUUUGCUCCUGGAUUUACACACGGGAAAUUUGCUCACAAAUGAGAAACUGGAUCGGGAGGAGAUGUGUGGCCCCACAGAGCCCUGCAUACUGUAUUUCCAAAUUUUAAUGGAUUACCCCUUUCAGAUUUACCGGGCUGAGCUGAGAAUUGUGGAUAUAAAUGACCACUCACCCUCAUUCCAAGACAAAGAGAUGAUUUUAAAAAUACCAGAAAACACAGCUGUAGGAGCAGCAUUUCGCUUAGAAAGAGCACUAGACUCAGAUGGAGGACGUAAUGGCAUCCAAAACUAUACCAUCAGCCCCAACUCUGUUUUUCAUAUUGCAGUUCAGAGCAAUGAUGAAGGGGUGAUAUUUUCAGAGCUGGUGCUAGAUAAACCUCUAGACUGGGAGGAGGAGCAGGAGCUCAGGUUAACACUCACAGCAUUUGAUGGAGGGUCGCCACCCAGGUCCGGAACAGCCACUAUACACAUUCUGGUCAUGGACAUCAAUGAUAAUGCCCCAAGGUUUCCCCAGGAACUUUAUCAAACACAGACUGCAGAAAAUAGCCCAGUAGGACUUCCACUUGUUAAGGUCUCUGCAGAAGAUGUAGACUCGGGAGUCAAUGCAGAAGUUUCCUAUUCAUUUUUUGAUGCUUCCGAAGAUAUUCGAGCAACUUUUCAAAUCAAUCCUUUCUCUGGAGAAAUCAUGCUCAAAGCCUUGCUUGAUUAUGAGAUGGUAAAGUCCUAUAAGCUAAAUAUACAGGCAGUCGAUGGUGGGGGCCUUUCUACUAGAUGUACGGUUUUAGUUCAUGUUUUAGACAUCAAUGACAAUCCCCCUGAAGUGAUCAUAUCAUCACUUGUCAACGAAGUUGUUGAGAACGCUCCCGAAACUGUGCUGUCAGUUUUUAGGAUUAAUGACAGAGACUCUGGAGAAAAUGGAGAGACCGUUUGCUACAUUCAAGAAAAUCUGUCGUUCAGUCUAAAACCCUCUGUAGAUAAUUUUUACAUCCUGAUGACAGAAAGAGCUCUGGACAGAGAGAGCAGAGCUGAGUACAACAUCACCAUCACAGUCACCGACCUGGGCACACCCAGGCUCACAACCCAGCACACCAUAACAGUGCAGGUGUCUGACGUCAACGACAACGCCCCCGCCUUCACACAAACCUCCUACACCCUGUUUGUCCAGGAGAACAACAGCCCCGCCCUGCACAUAGGCACCAUCAGCGCCACAGACUCAGACUCAGGCUCCAAUGCCCGCAUCACCUACUCGCUGCUGCCUGCCCACGACUCGCAGCUGGCCCUGGACUCGCUCAUCUCCAUCAAUGCCAACAACGGGCAACUGUUCGCGCUCAGGGCUCUGGACUAUGAGGCCCUGCAGACCUUCGAGUUCCGCGUGGGCGCCACAGACCAAGGCUCGCCUGCGCUCAGCAGCCAGGCUCUGGUGCGCGUGCUUGUGCUGGAUGCCAACGACAAUGCGCCCUUCGUGCUCUACCCGCUGCAGAAUGCAUCUGUGCCCUGCACAGAGCUGCUGCCCAGGGCAGCGGAGCCAGGAUACCUGGUCACCAAGGUGGUGGCUGUGGACCGCGACUCUGGCCAGAAUUCCUGGCUGUCGUUCCAGCUGCUCAAGGCCACUGAGCCAGGGCUGUUCAGCGUGUGGGCUCACAAUGGCGAGGUGCGCACCUCCAGGCUGCUGAGUGAGCGCGAUGCUCCCAAGCACAGGCUGCUGCUGCUGGUCAAGGACAAUGGCGACCCUCCCAGGUCUGCCAGUGUCACUCUGCAUGUGCUGCUGGUGGAUGGCUUCUCUCAGCCCUACCUGCCUCUGCCCGAGGUGGCGCGUGACUCUGUCCCCGAUGAGGAUGUGCUCACACUGUACCUGGUCAUCGCCUUGGCAUCUGUGUCUUCGCUCUUCCUCUUGUCUAUGCUGCUGUUCGUGGGGGUGAGGCUGUGCAGGAGGGCCAGGGCGGCUUCUCUGGGUGGCUGCUCUUUGCCUGAGGGACACUUUCCUGGUCAUCUGGUGGAUGUCAGCGGGGCGGGGACCCUGCCCCAGAGCUACCAGUAUGAGGUGUGUCUGAUGGGUGGCUCUACUGAUACCGGUGAUUUCAAGUUCUUGAAACCAAUUUAUCCUGAUGUUCAUGCUCAUGGUUCCCAGAUUAAUUGUGAAGGUUUCAAUUUUGAGUAAUGUUUCAUUCCAUUUAACGUAUGACACAGCCGUAUGGGUUCUAGUUUAGUUGUGCAGUAGUUUCGGCCCAACACAGCACAUCUUCAUUUUUAACUUUUAAACGGGUUAUAUAUAAAAAUGUUUUUCCAUUAGUGAUAUUUAGUAGAGUAUAUACCACUUUAAAUCUGAGGUUUUGAUUCUUUCGUAGCGCACAAUAAUUUGUUGUCAUUUCUCAUUAUGGAAAAUUGAUAUUUGAGGGUUUUGUCUGGUUUUCUUUUGUUGCUAAUUGUCAACCCCAAGCCUUUUGCAUGCUAAGCAAGUGCUAUAUCAUUGAGCUCUGUCUCUAGCCAGUAACUUUUAAAAGUAUAGCAUUUUAACUCUCUUUGACUUUGUGCCAACUUCAUGUGUUUAUGUUGUGCAUUUCGUUUCUUGUAGCCUGCUCCAUCUCCCUGCAACUCCUAUUACUUCCCUCUACUCCCUUACAAGUCCCUUCCUAUUGUGUACGAUUCUGAGUAUCCUGAUAAUUCUGUGUUAGCACACUAAUCAGCAGGAUUCAGCAUGACUUCGACAAACGCAGGUGCCAUUCAUUCCUAACCUCUGCUGCUCCCCUGGUCCCCUCCUUUUCCCUGCAAGUCUCCCUCUCUGCUUUCUCAUCAAAAUUGUUUCGUUAGCUUUCUUUCUCCCCUUCCUCAUUCUUAGACAUAUAAAACAGAAUGUGUCAUAUAAUGCAAAUACAAUGUAAUAGUCUGCACGAAUAUCAACCUAAAUUUGAACACAUUAAAAAUUUUGUGUGACAAUAUUUAUGGACUGUUGGAAUGAUACUUUUCAUUUUAUAUUGGAACUUAAAGAACUGGAAAUUUAGAAAUUGAGAUAAAUUAAAGGUUAUAGAGAAAAUAAUUUUUUAUCUCCAGUCCCUUUCUAUACAGCUGUUCUUCAAAUUUGAUAUACUUCCAGAUGAUGUUUAGACCCCUUUAUCUUGAUAAUCAAAUUUUCUGUGUUACCCAUUUACUGCAAAAGGAUUUACAGUCCUUAUUUCCCAUUAGUAGACACACAUACAAAAGUUGCGAAUUUCCCUUCUCCUAGUUUCCUGAUAAUAUUGUCAGAAAAUGUUGUCAGUUUUGUUUCUAUAGGUUCCAAGGCCUCGUAGAUGAGUACUAUCCCUGAAAUGAAGCUAGUAUUAAUGUCCACCUAGCUAGGUCUCUUAUGCAUGCAGACUUAGUAGUGCAGUAUUAUUACAUUGCCUCUCUUGAAAGCAUCUUUCCCAGAGCUGAUGCCUGCUGUUUUAGAUUCGGCUAAACAUCUGUUUACUGAGAGUGAUUUUUCUGCACCUCUCUAUCCAGGCUGAGUGAGUGAAUAAAGUAGUGAGUUACCAUAAGAUGUACCCUCCAUUCUUCCUACUAAUUUUUCACAUCAGAGUCCUCUUGAAAUAUUAAGGGUUUUUUGCCUUCAAAUAUUCAAAUAUAAUAUUUGUGUUUAUUUCCUACAGAUCUUUCAUUCAUAGCUCCUUCAUUUAGACUGUUUAUCUUAUGGGUGUCAUGCUUAUUAUUAUUUUUAUUUGAUUAACUUUUAUUUAUUUUACCUGCCAACCACAGUUUCCCUUCCCUCCUAUCUUCCCAUCCCCUACCCACCAACUGCUAUAUACCUCCUCCCCAUCCACUCCCUCUCCAGUUCCCUUAAGAAAGGGGCAGGUCUCACAUGGGCUUGAACCUAUAGUACCUCAAGUUGAGGCAGGACUGAGCUCCUCCCCCUGCAUAAAAGCCUAAAGGGGUAACCCAGCAUGGGAACAGGUUCCUCAUCGCCAGGGGGUUGUUCUGAUCUCACUGCUAGGAGCCUUACAAACAGAACACAGAACACGCCACACAAUUGCCACACACAGGUGGAUGGCCUAGGUUUGUCCCAUGCAGACUCCCUAACUGCUGGUCCAGAGUCCAUGUUCUCCCACUAACUCAGACCAGCAUUCUCUGUGUGCCCCUCCAGCAUGACUUUGAGCCCCUUGGCUCAUAAAAUCCCUCCUCCCUUUCUUCAGGAGGACUCCAGGAGCUCAGCCCAGUCCUGGGCUAUUGAUCUCUGUAUCUGCUUCCAUCAGUUACUGGAUAAAGAAUCUCUGGUGACAAUUAUGGUAGUCACCAAUCUGAUUCCAGUAGAUGGACAGUCCAGGCACCCUUUCCACAAGGAUGACUCCAGCUAAUGCCACAAACAAUAGUGGAGGUUAUGUCAUGCUUUUAAUGCUUGCCCCCCACUGCCCACCUUUUAUAGAAUCCAGUAUCAUUUCUGAGUUUACUUUCUUACUUGGUUGGAACCCAACUUCAUUAAAAUAGAUGCAACUUUUGGCACUUUACAUAGUGAAGUAACCUUUUCAUUUAAUUGAUAGUUUGACUGGGUAUAAAAAUAUAAUUUGAAAAAUGCUCCCCCUCCCAGAAUUAAAAAGCACUUUUAUUUUUCUUAAUUUUGUAGAAUCGCCUUUCACAAGGAUCAUUCCCAUCUAAGUUGCAUCUCAUUUUCUUCAAUAUUUUUCCCACUCAUUAUGGAGGUAUUGGGAACUUAUCCUCAGUAGUCUGUAAGAACUGCUUCGUUGUUAACCUUUUCAUAAGGAUAUGUACUGUCAGUAUUCAGACUCUCAGUUCACAAACAAUUUCAUUUUAUUUUGCUGUAAUUUAUCUCCCAUAUUUUCUAAACUUUUUGAUUAAAUAUCUGACCAACUGAACUGGUUGUGUAAGAUCCUAAGCAUGUUUCUUUUUCUAUUUCACAUUUGUCUCUGGUUCCACUUUCUUGCACCAAUCAUUUAAUCAUUUAAUCUUUAUAUGUAAGCUUUCCUUUUAGGCAGAUAAACACUUUUAGAACCUUUUUUUGUUCUUCUAAUUUUUUAUACAGCAUUCUUGGAAAUGUAAUACAUGUUCUUAUCUUUAAUUUGUCCUUUGACUAUAUUACCAAGAUAUACUUGUACAGAACUAUUAACAUUACUUAGUCAUUUUAAAAAUUAAGAGUGAGUCAGGUAGCUGAAGAAAUUUACCAAAAUUGUAUAGUUUUACAGGACAUUUAAGUCCCCUAAUCUAUUCUGUUUUCUUUUUUUAACUCUUGAAGCGGGGUCUCAAAUAUUAGUACAGGGUAGCCUCAAAUAUGAAAUCUUCAUUACUCUGCCUCUUGAGUAUUGGGACUACGGGUGUUAUGUAGUCAGACCCCCAACAUCAGUAAGUGUAAGAAUUUACUUGUGCUUAACCAUUUCCAGGUUAGAAUUCUGAUAUGGUGUGAGAUUAUGUAUCUGAGAUAGACCUUGCGUUCUACACUCCAUUGCUACAGCAGAGACUCGAAAUAUCACUAUUUAAAACUCUGAAAUUCUACUUUCUUUUAGUUUAACUUCACACUUUUGUUAAGCAUUACUUGUGUGUCAAAAACUAGAGAAAGUUUGCUAAUCUCUCCAAAUCAAGUGUCCAUUCUCUACCAUGAGUUAUUUUCUGUCUCUGUAGACACAGAGAACAGAGAAUUCAACACUACUGUAAAUACAAACAAUAAAUUCUCAUCUCUUGAUUAACUUUAA